UUCACAUUGAAAAUUUAUCAUCAUCAUCAUCAUUUCAUAAUCAUUUUGAAUUUUUUUGUUGUUUUGUCAAAAUCGUCAUGACUGAUGUAUUCAGCUGGGGUGAUAGUUCCCCUGAAGAUCCAUUCGACGAUGAUUCAUGGAUGUCCGAACCAGAAUCGAUUUGUAAUAACUGGCGAGGAUGGAAAAAGACAACACCUCCAAACAGUUCAAACGCGACAAAUGGUUUCAGUUCGAUGGCCUCAACAUCGAGUGGCCAUCAAAAUCGAUACCAUCAUCAUCUACAUCUACCAGCUAGCAGUAGUGGAAUGAGUAGACAAGAUCGAGCAUCUACAACAGAUGAAAUACGUCGAUCAUUAAAUUUACCUCCAGUAUCGUAUAUAAACACAACAACAGCAGCAACCAAUACCAUAACUAAUAAUCGUACUGGUGUUGAUGGUUCUUCGCCAUCAUCAUCAUCAAACAUCAACAAUAAUCAUUAUAAUUUUGAUCCAUCCGCUUCCUCAUCAUCUUAUUCAGCUGCAGCAGUAUUCGCAGCAUCUGGAUCGAAUCCAUCACAAUCAGAAAAUUUCAACACUGAUUAUAAUGGAAUUUCAGGAAACGAUACACAAAUGUCAUGCUGUGGUGGUGGUGUACCAACAUUAACAGAAUUAGCAGCACGUUCAGUUGCCUAUCAUAUAUCAUUCGAAGUUGUUGAACGUGUUUGUAGUCCGGUACCUGAACAAUUACAAUUACGAAUAGCAUAUUGGAGCUUCCCGGACAAUGAAGAGGAUAUACGUCUUUAUUCUUGUUUAGCCAAUGGAUCAGCCGAUGAAUUUCAAAAAGGUGAAACACUUUACCGAUGUCGAUCGAUUCAAAGUCCAUUACAAAUUGGUUUUCACUUGAGUGCUACGGUUGUAUCGGCAUCAACUAAAACCUGUACAGUUGCUGUAACAUUCGAUCGUUGUCGUAUAACAUCCUGUAGUUGUACAUGUGCAUCACCAUCAUCAUGGUGUUCACAUGUGGUAGCCGUUUGUCUCCAUCGUAUAUAUCAGCCAAACUCAGUCAGAUUACGUGCACCUGUUUCUGAAUCACUCACUCGUUUAUCGCGUGAUCAAUUACAAAAGUUUGCUCAGUACCUGAUAUCGGAAUCACCGCAACAGAUUCUUCCUACGGCUCAAAGAUUACUCGACGAUCUAUUACUCAAUGACAACAGUGAUAUCAACAAAGUUCGCGGUGCUCCAGAUCCAACCGCAGGUGCACCAGCAAACGAACAAACAAAAUGGUGCCUCGAUGAAUUUCAACUUCAUGGUAACAUCCGAAAGAUUGUCAUCAAGCUCUGCAUACCAUCUCCGAUGGUAUAUUCAGAUGUCAACUAUCUUUCAUCAGCAGCACCACCGGCAGCGGCAGAAUGGUCAUCAUUAUUACGGCCAUUACGUGGUCGUGAGCCAGAAGGCCUUUGGAAUCUAUUGUCAAUUGUGAGAGAAAUGCUUCGUCGACAUGAUCGAAACGCCAUCCCAUUGUUACGAAUUCUUACUGAAGAACUACUAAGCUGUGAUCAAAUAUUAAUCUGGUGGUUUACAACCAAUGUCUCUCUUCAUCGUGGUUUUCCUCCGUACAGUUUCUCGCAUCACGUUGGAUCCAAUGGCGGUAAUAACGGUGGAGGUUCUAGCUCGAACAAUCGUUCAAUGCAUUCUAACAUUUAUGCAUCACAACAUGCAUGUUGUUCACUUUGCGAUGAAAUCGUUGUCCUUUGGCGUUUGGUUACGCUAAAUCCUGCUCAUUCAUAUUCCGAUACUCAAACAUUGUACGAUCAAUUGAAGGAAUAUCAUUUGAAAACUUUGUCAGCUAUUCAUCGUUUUAAACCUUCCAGCGCAAUUGGUUAUAGCCAUCUUCAAAAUUUUCGUUCAUCAACUGUCAAUACAGCUAGUGUCACUAAUACAAAUAAUAUCACGAAUUCAAAUGGAAAAUCUUGUGAUUUGGCUAUAUUCUCUGGUUUCAAACCUGCCAUGAUUAGCUGUUUGGUAAAUUGGGAUAAUUAUCCAAUACCUGGAGUAACAAACCAAAAAAAAUCACAUCGAUAUUAUGAACCAUCUUUACAUGAUCAAUUAAAUUCGGUCAACCAUGCCAUCACCAGUACGGCCAUCUCACUAGGUUUAGAUCCUAUGAUAAGUUCAUGGCCUACGGCUGCCAAAUCAUCAUCAUCAUCAGUCUAUCAACAACAGCGUAAACGACAACAAAAUUGCCAAACACAAUCGGAUCAGUUCAGUGAUACAAACAGUAGUGUAGGAAAUAAUAAUAAAAAUGUCCGAGAAUCCAGACGUAAAAAAUCAGAUGCCAGUAUUUCCAAUUACCAAAAAGAUAAUUGUGAAUCUGAAGAUUCUGGUAAUCAAGAAUUUUGGGAACGCUUUUCCGUUGCCAGUAGUGAUGAUGAUGACAAAAACGCCAACAGUAAGUCGAAUGAAAAUGAACCAGGGCCAUCAGGUUUGCAACGACAUUCAUCAAGUGAUCAGCAACCAGAAGAUUCAAGUCAAAAUGUUCAACAAAAUGAUGAUGGUCAAGGACAUAUUUCCAACGAAGAUUAUCAAAUUUAUAUUUAUAACGCUAAUUUGGAUAAUCAAGUCAAAAAGGACAAGACUGAUAAUUGUGGCGAUUCUGCUAAUCGGCAAGUAAAUCAAGCCGAAGGUUCAUCAGAAAUACAGUCGCAAAAUUCACAUGAUUAUCAAUGGGAUCCUAUUUUAUUGCAAGCCACUAUGGUUAAAUCUAUUGAAGAUCCUUUCGAAAUUUUGUUUGCCCGUGCCGAAGCUCUAUACGCUCAUGGUUAUGUAGAAGAAUCAUGUCGCUUGUCAAUAUGUCUGGCAGAAGAACUUUUAGGCAAUCCACCAGAUUUACAAAUGGAUCUUAACAGCCAGAAUAUAAACAAUUUAACUGGCGAGCAAGCUACAACAUCGAAUAACCAAACGGGAAGAAAUCAUACGAAACGUAUCAAUCGUGUUCGUUUUAAUCCUGCUUUACAUCAAGUAUCGCUAUUAACAUCGGCCACUCUCUCAAAAGCCGCAUUUCUAUGCCAAGUUUUAUCGGAAAAUGAAGACUCACAUCUGUUAGCUUUUCAAGUUGGUCUUUUUGGCCUCGAAUUGAUUCGGCCGCCUGCAUCGACUAAAGCAUUGGAAGUUAAAUUGGCUCAUCAAGAACAAGAAUUGGUCAAUCUAUUGAAAAAGAUUCCAUUAUGUCCACAAGCUUUGUAUGUUUUACGUGAAAAAGCCGAACAAUUACGUGAUGGUCGACUAACAACUCGUGGUGAAGCACUACUUCCAUUAUCAUUAGCUAGCUAUCUUUUUGAAGCAUUUCUUCUCUCCAAUCAGAUUGUACCACCACAAUAUCGAUUACAAUCAGAUGAACGAUUAUUAUUCGAUGCUGCCGUCGCAGCAAUCGGAUUGAAAGCCAAAGUUUCUGAAGCAGAACAUCCAUUAUUAUGUGAAGGUACCCGUCGUCAACGAGGAGAUUUGGCAUUACAAUUAUUGGUUCAUUAUAAAGAUAAUAAACAACGUUUAGAUUUAAUCAUGGAAAAAUUGCUUGAUCAAGAAAUACAUCCCAUUUUCAGCAGCAGCAAAAAACAACAACAAUCUAAUAUCUAUUCGUCUUGUUCAAAUCAAAACCUUACAAAAUCUACGACACCAAAUGUCCAGCAAUCAACAGUAACGCCAAAAUCACAGAAUGAAACAACAUCUGAGUCGGCGGUUAAUGAUUUAAAUUCACCAUUAUGUUCAAAUCAAGAACCAUCCACAAGUGCGAAAAAUUCAACACCAAAGCAAACUAACUCAAUCGCAAACAACGAUCAAAAAUCUUCAGGAUGGAAUAUGAUUGAAGAAUUUCAAAAGUUUAGUGUACAUGCAAAUGAUUCAGAAUCGAUUAAUCCUAAACAAAAUGAUAGCAGUACUCUCGAUACUACAUCUUCUGAUAAUUCACCAACCGUAGCUCGGCGAACUUUAUUUCAUAAACAGGGCAAAGUUAAUUCUGGUUCUGACAGUAGUAGCAGUAGUGGCGAAAGUAGUAGUCCAAGUGGAAGCAGUGAUUCAUUGUCUGCCACUUCCGAAACUAAAAAAUCUCAUCAUCAAGAAGAUUCUAAUUCUGAUCAAGUUAUAAACACUUCUACUCCAAUCAAUGCAACAGAUGCCAUUGCUAGUCCUGUUAAAUUUGCGAAUUCUAAAAGUUUACUCGCUCCUUCGGCUGGACCAUCAGCAGCAAGACAUCUUAUGGAUGCUAGUGCUGGAUCUCCAUCUAUUCUUGCAACUCCUGGUUCUUCAACAGUUCCAGCCCCUGGUUCACUGCCGCCUACCACGUAUCAAUUAUCGGCCACUAAUUCUGGCUAUAAUCCAUAUCAAUUAUCAACAGGACCAACUGUAAAUUCAAGUGUUGGUCAUGGAGGACUGCAGCCAUUCAAGUCAUUACGAUAUAAAGGCAAACGUCAUUAUCCAGUUAUACCAAAUCAACCAUCAGAAGCAUCUGCUCAUUUUAUGUUUGAAUUAGCAAAAACUUUAUUGGCUAAAGCGGGUGGGAAUAACACGACCGUUUUGUUCACUCAGCCACCAUCUUCUCAAAAUUGUCGGGCCCCACAUCGUUUGUUACACAUGUGCGCUUUUCAAAUCGGUCUCUACGCUCUCGGUUUACAUAAUGCUGUCGCACCGAAUUGGCUUUCAAGAACCUAUUCUUCACAUGUAUCAUGGAUCACUUGUCAAGCUAUGGAAAUUGGUCAUCAAGCUAUUGAAUUUUUAAUUGAUACUUGGGAAGGUCAUCUUACACCAUCAGAGGUAGCUUCGUUGGCCGAUCGAGCAUCUCGUUCGCAAGAACCAUUAAUGGUCAAAGCAGCGGCCGAACUGGCUCUUUCGUGUUUACCUCAUGCACAUGCAUUGACGCCUAGCGAAAUUCAAAGAGCAUUAAUUCAAAGUAAAGAACAAAGUACUGCUAUGCUUGAACGAGCUUGUUUGUCCGUCGAACAAGCCGCACAAGGUGGUGGUGUAUAUCCCGAAGUAUUAUUCGAUGUUGCCCGAAAAUGGUAUCAAUUGUACAUCAACGAAAAAGUCAAUGAAAUUGAAAGCGUACAGCGAGAAAUGAAUUCAACGAGUAAUGAUAAUGAAUCUUGUGCCGACACCGAUCUACAAUCAUCAGCUAAUGCACAAGCAACAAGUUCAGAUUCAUCCGCGUUGGAUUCAAUGUCAUUCAUCAACAUAAUACAACAAGAAUUCUAUGAUACUCAAGCUACCGCUAACCAGCAACAAGGCUCAUUUGGACCACCAACUAUGGAUCCGAAUAGUCAAAUAGCAUUCGCUUCUGGACAUCCUAUUCAUCAUCCAAUGAUGGAUCCUUCGAUGGCUGCCUAUUAUCAGUCACCAGCAUCAAUAUUACCAGGACCGAAUCUUUAUUCUCCUAUGAGAGAUAUGAAUCAAUAUAUAUUCUAUCCUUCGCAACAGCAACGCAAUCAAUUAUAUCAGCAAAGACCCAUUAAUAAUAAAAAUCAACAGCCCAAACCAAUGUCUCAUUAUUAUCACCAUCAUCGAGGUCCUUUCCCAUCUCCAGCUAUUAUAUUCGACCCACAACGUGGUUAUCAUUUCAAUGGAGGUCAAAAUCCUAUAACAUAUCAGACAACCUUGGUUGGUCCAGGUUUUAAUCCACAGCCGCCAUCUCAAUCAAAUUCAAACAAUUCAAAUGUAAUGAGACAACAAUAUUAUCCACAAUCGGCUGCACUUCUUUCAUCACCAGUUGUUCCAAAUAUUAAUUCUUCCGGUUCGAUUCCUGUUAGUGGUGCUAAUCAAGGAUCUACUAUUGGUGGAUCGCCAUUGUUUACAUCCAAUGGGAGUUAUUUCUAUCCGAUCGCUAAUUCUGCACAGCCACCAAACAUGCCACAGAUGAUGGGUCCAGCUAACACUACACCUUAUCCAUUCAUGGCUCCAUUUUCUCCAAUACGGGGAUUUGUGCCACAAAAUUUUGUUGCUACUCAAGCAAAUUUAUCGCGAGUAGAUCAAAGUUUUCGAGUGAUAGUUAUGGACCAAUUGGCUCAAUAUCAGCCCUCAUCGACAUCAAAUGGCUCUUCAUCUCAUCAAUCGAAUGGAAACGGAAGCAAUUUUAAUCAUCAUUCACAUCAUCAUCAUCAUAAUUUUAGUCAACCAAAGACGCAAACAAUCUUGGGUCCAAGACAAUUAGCUUACAUGCAUGCAGCUUAUCGUGUCGGAAUGUUGGCUAUGGAAACAUUGGCACGUCGAGUUAAUGAUGAUAGACCGCAAGCGAAAUAUGCACGAAAUCCGUCGUACGGUGAAGAUGUUAAAUGGCUAUUGUUAAUAGCCAAAAAACUUGGCGCUCAGUACGUUCAAGAAUUUUGCUUAUGUACAUUGUCAGCGGUCGCUUCUCCAUUUGUAUUGUAUGAUAUCAUAUUGGAAGCUGCCCAAUCCAUCUUCCAGAAUGCGAAUAAUAAUACUGCUUAUAUACAUACGAUACGAUCGCACAUAUUGACGCCACUCAUACAUAAAUGUCAAAUAAUGUUCACAUCGGGUAUCUAUUUUCAACUAAUGAACAUUGCAUCUAGUGAUUAUGAUGAAUUUAUUUCCACGUUACGAACAGCAAGAGCCGCUUUUCAGAUGACACCUGGCGGUCACUUGCAAUUCAACGAUCUUCUACAGAAGCUGAAACGUACAAAAAGCUGUAAAAAAGAAUUAUGGCAACAGAUUACCAAUGCAAUGCAAUCAACAUGAUAAUAUAAUGAAAGAUUUUUUUUACACUUUAGAUUUUUUUUCCAAUCACAUAGGAAAUGAUUUCUUCUCUUCUAAUUUAAUUAUUAUUAUAAUAAUAAUGGCAUCAUCAUUAACAUAAUCGUGAUAUAUUAUAAUUCAUACGAACACAGUAAAAAGUGAAUAUUUAGAUUGGUAAACAUUUUUUUUUUCAAUAACAGUCUUCGAUCAUCGUGAUAUAUUUAUUUGAUUGUCAAAAAUUAUGAAAAAUAUUUGAUUCAUUUAUUACUUGUAGAAUAUCCAUUCACUAGAUUUUUAGAAUUAUUAUAAUUCAAUUUGAUUUGACAUCAUCAUCAUCAUCAUCAUCACCAUCAUCAUCUUUAUACAUAAGAUCCAUUCAUAUGAUAGAAUUCAAAUAAAUUACAAUUGAUCAUAAUAAACUAUAAUGAAUGAUGAUGAUUCAAAUG